AUGCCCAUUCGCACAGACGAACGCCCCCAAACGGGCGCCGAGCAGCAUCGGGCCUGGUGGAAGGAGGGAUCCGCCUACCAGAUCUAUCCGGCCUCAUUCUGGGAUUCGACGGGCUCCGAUAUAGGCGACCUCAAGGGUAUAAUCUCCAAGGUCGAUUACCUCAAGUUGCUCGGCGUCGACAUCGUCUGGCUCUUCCCGAUUUUCGAGAGCUCACAGAUUGACAUGAUCGACCCUCAGUGCGGCUCAAUCGAGGAUGUCGAUGUCUUGAAAGUCGAGCUCCAUGGACGGGACAUGAAGCUGGUGCUGGACCUGGUGAUGAACCACACCAGCGACCAGCAUGAGUGGUUCAAGCAGUCCCGGUCCUCCAAGGACAACGAGUACCGUGACUGGUACACAUGGAAGAAGCCCAAGUUUGACGCCCAGGGCAAUCGGCAGCCCCCAAACAACUGGCAGUCUCAUUUCCAAGCCCGAACCUCCACCCCUGAAAAGGAAGCGCAUGGGAGUUCGACGAGAGGGGAAUACUACCUCCACCUCUACUGCAAGGAGCAGCCGGACCUAAACUGGGAAACCCCAGCCGUGCAACGGGCCGUCCACGAGACGGUGCGGUUCUGGCUCAACCGCGGCGUCGAUGGCUUCCGCAUCGACGUCAUCAACUUCGUCAGCAAGGACCAGGCCUUCCCGGACUCGGACGGCAAGGUGAGAUACCCGGGCACCGAGUUUUACGCCGCCGGGCCAAGGCUGCACGAAUACCUCCAGGAGCUAGGUUUCACCCUGGAGGAGUACGACGCCUUUAGCGUCGGCGAGAUGCCAUGCGUGACGGACACGCAUGAGAUCAUCAAGAGCGUGCAGAGCGGCCGCGGGGAGCUGAACAUGAUUUUCCAUUUCGAAUUGCGAGUUUCAUGGACAUCGACCACGGCCCGGGCGGUGACGCGGUUCGGUAACGACGACCCGGCCUACCGCGCCCAGAGCGCCAAGAUGCUCGCUCUCUUCCUCGGCUUCCAGUCCGGCACCCUGUCUGCGUACCAGGGCCAGGAGCUCGGCAUGCACAACAUGCCGAAGGAGUGGUCCAUGGACGAGUACAAGGACGUGGAUUGCCUAACCCAUUGGAAGGCAAUCACAGACCACGCCACCCCAUCCGAGCUCGCGGCCUUCCGCGCAGAGUACCGCAACAAGUCGCGCGACAACGCCCGCACGCCGAUGCAGUGGGACGCGACCGCCCCGCACGGGGGCUUCAGCCUCCUCCUCGACGACGCCGUGGAUACGCGCGAACCCCAGCCACGCCUCGGGCGUCAACGCCGCCGACCAAGCGGCCGACCCGGCGUCCGUGUUCCACUGUUGGAGGGAGCCGUCCUCGCGGCGCGGAGGCAGCUCGCCGACGCCCUCGCGGACGAGAGGGUGUUUGCGUACCUGCGCGCGUCGUCGGCCGCGGGGGGGGGGCGGGGCGAGAGGGUCGCUGUGGUGUGCAACUUCUCCGCCUAUGUGGUUGUGUGGGAGGGGCUGCCGGGGCGGGUCUGCGAGGUUGUCCUUUCUACUACGGGGAAGGGGGUGGAGGAUUUCGAGGGCGGGCGUGUUCAGCUGUCGCCGUAUGAGGCUGUGGCGGUGUUGUGUUAG